CACACACACACACACAGUUUUUGACCACAGUAAUCACAGUUUCCAGUGUAGUUACUGCCACUGAACAAUAGUGAAUGGAUCUGGAUCUGUGUGGAUGUGAUCAGAAACAGUAGAGAUUCAUUGGUGUGUGUAAACGUAUUCGAGUUCGUUUUCAGUCUCGGUGUGAACGGGUCUGAACUCCGUGAUGAAUGUAAAUAACACAUAAAAUAACGUUCCGUACUAUUGAUUAUUUAUAGCCUAGAUAAUGGUCAUUAACAGAAAUGUUUCACAGAAGCACGUGACCGCACGAGGGUCUAGCUGCAGACACACUCGCCCGUUACCGUCAGCAGCGCGUGACCGGUGACAGCAGCAGCGGGACGCGCGUGCGCGUGCGGGAAUAUUCGGUUCCGUUAUUUCACCCCUCAGCGAACCGAACACAAGCGACCUCGCGAACACACCCGGUUAGAGCUGCGGAAACCGAUCGAUCCACGCGCGAUGAGCGGCGGCGUGUACGGCGGAGAUGAAGUGGGUGCUCUGGUGUUUGACAUCGGCUCCUUCUCCACGAGAGCAGGAUACGCAGGAGAGGACUGUCCGAAGGCAGAUUUCCCCACCACUAUAGGAGUGAAUGCUGAGGAGGAGGGGCCAGCCGACAUGGGGGCGGAGCAAGAGAUAAACAGUGGGAGGAGUUAUUACAUAGACACCACAGCCCUGCAUGUGCCCCGGGCGGGUGUCGAACUCAUCUCUCCACUGAAGAACGGCAUGAUUGAGGACUGGAACGCAUUUCAAGCCAUAAUCGACCACAUCUACAGCAAACACAUCAAAUCUGAGCCCAGUUUACACCCAGUUCUGAUGUCUGAGGCUCCUUGGAACUCACGGGCGAAGAGAGAAAAACUAACAGAACUCAUAUUCGAGCAUUACAACAUCCCCGCCUUCUUCCUGUGCAAGACUGCUGUGCUCACCGCCUUUGCUAACGGUCGCGCCACGGGCCUCGUGCUGGACAGCGGGGCCACACACACCACUGCCAUCCCAGUGCAUGAUGGGUACGUCCUGCAGCAAGGGAUCGUGAAGUCUCCUCUGGCCGGUGAUUUCAUUACCAUGCAGUGCCGAGAGCUGUUUCAGGAGAUGAACAUCGACACGGUUCCUACGUACAUGAUCGCGUCUAAGGAGCCCGUGAGAGAAGGAGCUCCGCCGCUGUGGACCAAGAAAGACAAACUCCCUCCCGUCACCAAAUCCUGGCACACAUACAUGUGCAACGAGGUGAUUCAGGAUUUCCAGGCAUCUGUUCUACAGGUGUCUGACUCUCCGUAUGAUGAACAGGUUGCUGCACAGAUGCCGACGGUGCACUACGAGAUGCCCAGUGGCUACAGCACAGAUUACGGAGCGGAGAGGUUACGGAUCCCUGAGGGUCUGUUUGAUCCGUCCAAUGUUAAGGGUCUGUCCGGUAACACCAUGCUGGGGGUCGGACACGUGGUCACUACCAGCAUCGGCAUGUGUGACAUCGACAUCCGGCCGGGUCUGUACGGCAGCGUGAUCGUGACCGGAGGAAACACACUCCUGCAGGGCUUCACGGAGAGACUCAACAGAGAACUGUCUCAGAAAGCUCCGCCGAGCAUGAGACUGAAGCUGAUCGCCUGCAACAGCUCCAUCGAGAGGAGAUUCAGCUCCUGGAUCGGAGGAUCUAUCCUGGCAUCACUGGGAACCUUCCAGCAGAUGUGGAUUUCAAAGCAGGAGUAUGACGAGGGAGGAAAACAGAGCGUGGAGAGAAAAUGCCCCUGAAACACACACACAGACACAGGGAAAGAGAGAGACACACACAGACAAACACAGAGACACACACACACAGUCAAACACACACAUGAAACACAUGCACUUCAUCAUGAACUGCUGAAUUAUGUUUCUGUAUAAACUACAUGUGACUGAUCUGAAUACAGUAUUUACAGUAACUCUGUCAGAAGCCCAAUAAACUGAGAAAUACC